AUUUUUUUUAAGGUUGAAGUUCUGGAGUUUGUGGUUAUGUUGUUUGUUGUUUGGUUUGAAUGCUAGGGUUGUGGGUUUGUUUUUGAAUUUUGAAAUUCCGUUCAUACUUGAACAAGAAUAAAUAACGAAAUGGAUUCGAUAGAAGCUGUGAAAAAAAAUUCAAGUGAGCCAUGUGUUAUUGAAGACUUAACAGAACAUGGACAGAUUUUGUACAUUCAAUUCUCGCCAUUUGAAUGGUCCCAGGAUGUUCUACUAGUUGGAUUCAGAGAAAAAAUACUUCUUGUUCACAUUGAUAUUAGUGAUAAGAUAUGCAUUAAAGUUCUCACAGAGUUUUCACAUCAAGCUAGAUGUACCACAAUCAGUAUGUCUCCAGAAACGUCCCUAACUUCUUUACCUAAUCAAGUUGUGUUUUGUGCUGCUGGAAAUGAUUUCAAACUCAGGAUUUUUAGUAGUGAUUUGGAUGAAAAUAGCAAAUGCCUUGUAAUAGGCAAACAUGCUAGCUAUAUAAAUGACACAAUGUUUGACCCAGAGAAUGACUAUCUAGCAUCCACCAGUGAUGACAACACUGUUCAAAUUUGGUCUGUGGAUGGAUACAAGCUAAAAUGCACUUUCAAUCUCACUUCAGCUGGUAUGAAUGUGUGUUGGCAUAGAUCUGAUAGUUGCAAAUUAAUGGUAGCAGAAAAAAUAGGAGUAAUCAGAUUCUACAAUGUGGAAAGUGAAACACCAGUAUUGUCUAUUGAUUAUAAUAAACCUUUAUCAAGUUCUCACUGGGCUCCAUCUGAUAGAGAUUUCAUAGCAUCAUUGCAGCUUGGAGAACUUCUGAUUUGGGACCUAACCAAACCAUGUUUACCUCUUCAUAAUAACAUAGUUUUCACUGAAAAUGGGGGCCACAUUAAAUUUUCGCCACAAGGAGAGCUGGUAGCUGCUGUGAAUAGCCUAGACAGCAAUUUGAAAAUAAUCCACGUUAAAAGUCAGACUGUUAAACUGACCGCUGCUGUGAGUUUGCCUACAAAUGUCUGUUGGCACUACAGGUUCCCUUUGGUAUGUGUUGGCGAUGAUUUUAAGUUGUGUUUCUGGAAGGUUUGAGAAUAAUUAUGUGGGCUAAAUAUACUUUCUAUUUUUU